AUGCCUGCCGACGCAAGCGCGAUGGCGGACGUGCCCGCAUCUUUGUCGCGGUUGCUCACAGCAGCAGCCAGCCGUGCAGGAGUCCCACCAUAUGCAGCAACGAACACUAUGAUUUAUUUCAAUUGGGAGCACAAGAGCUUACGCGCCAGCGACAACUACGAACCUGCGCAGUUGGCACAUGGCAUAGUGCCGCGCUUUGCACUCCUGUCGCCGAGCCAAGGACAAUCCUCCAUGCGGAAUUUCAUACUGCUGCACCUUGAGCAAGAAAAUGCUGCUUCGGUUGCGUUUCAUGCUUUUUCGCAAGCAGCACUCGGCGCGGACUUGCACAACGCUACCCAUGUAUCUCAGUCUCUGGAGCAAGCGUUGUAUGCUCUUCGCGGCAUCAAUAAGAUCUUCCGAAAGUAUAUGACUGCGGGAUCAAUUGUACCUAGUGAUUGGCGGGAUUACAUGCUUCCCUUUCUAUCGACCGAUGAUGCGGGAAAGGGCGGCGUCACGGGUGCUGAGUGCAGCUUCGUUCGCGGUUUGGACACGAUUUUCGGAGCUCCGGAAGCAAGCAAUGCCGACACACACAAACAGUUUGACAUCGCCUCUGCAUCCUACACGACUCAGCAAGCAAAUCUCAUGGAACAUUUGAAGCAAGCAGGAAGCGCCAUCCGCACGUACGUGCCAGAAUCAACGACAGAGAUAAAAACAUUAUGGCAAGCUUGUGGUGAUACAUUCCUAAAUUGGCGUGCGAUGCACUACCGCCGUAUCCAGAAGUUCGUUCACGAAGAUUACCACACCAGUGCAGGAAAUACGCACACGUCUGCUGGGGGUGUCUUCAAUAAGCUCGAUGAUCGAAUCAGGGACUUCGGGUCCGCGAAUUGCUCAUCCGUUUCCGUAGGUUAG